AUGCAAAAUUUUGAUAACCAACAACAGCAGCAACAACAAAACAUUUUACGGGGUUGUUCUACCAAAUUUGGAAAUGAUUUUGAGCCAGACGGUGUUGACGUCGAUAGUGGCAAAUCUAAAAAGCAGCCAUUGUUAUUCUCUUUAUUUGACAUGCGACAGUUUAAACAACAACAACAACAACAACAACAACAACAGCAAAAACAUCAACCAAAAAAUGCAAAACGACAAAGUGAGUAUAAUGAAAUUGAUGAUGCCGUGUCUAAAUUUUUAGAACUUUCUAAAUUGUCGCAACGAACGAGUUCCGUACGGAAACAUCAAAUGGAGCACAACACUGAACAACAACCUUUAUUAAUGUCGCAACAACAACAACAACAACAAUGCUCUAGCAAACAACAAAAACAGCCACAACACUCCAACAUCAGCGAACAAAAACACCCAAACCGCAAAGAAAAUGAACUUCUACCGAAACGACCGACUAUAGACAAUCAGAAGCAACCACAACGGCCUCAGCAACAGCAAGUGCAACAUCACCAGCAACCAAACAAGUCUAAAGAUAUGCUCCCGCCGUCAGUAAUGCUUUCUUUUGAUGGAGAGGAAGGCAUCGACGUCUAUAAGAACCGGCUCCGUCUCAUGAAUAAUCUUUAUCAGCAGGACAGAGAAUUUUUUCAGGCGCCUCCAAACCGCACAGUCGUACAUGACAUUCCAAAGUACGGAGCCACACGCGAUACCAACUUCACGCGCGCUCAACCACCACCACCACCAUCAGCAUCAUCAUCUUUGUCUUCCUCUACUACAACUUCCGCAACAACGACAACAUCAAAAUACAACAACAAUCUCAACAACGACAACAACUAUAAAUUAUUCUUCGACGACGACAUAGACAGCCUGCAGCAGCAACAGAAAAAAACCUCGCCACUACUACGACUCAAUCAGCAGCUGCAAAAGUCGCGCAACUUCCGAUCCUCAUCUCCAGAUAGUCAUCGCGAUUAUGUCAGCUGUUCUCUGCUGGCCAACUGGAAAAAAGAUAAAAAGUUUUUCUCGAGUAUGGCGACGACAGAAACGGCGGCGACAUCUACGACUACUACGCUUCUCUCAAUGAACACGAUAACAUCAUCACCUCAAAUUAAACUCACUCAGCUGAUUACGGCUGACGCGAAGCAGCGAAGUAGCAGCGCGGAUAGCGUCAAAAAAUUAGUCGCAAAACUAGCUCAACUUCGACCCGGCAGAAAGUUCUGGAACACGUCAACAUCUAGCAACAAAAAAUCUGUGAAUAACAACAAUGACAACGGUAAAAGUAGCAACCUUAAUAAGGAGAAUGAUAGCAGCAGUAACAGGUACAGCGAUACUAGCAACAGUGCGGAUCCAGUGGCCGCCAGCAGCGUCAACAAUCCAAAAGCAACAUCAUCGCUAUCUUCACUGAGCAAAGAUCAAAAACCUAAUCACCAUCUUUUACUUCAAAACAAACAUCAUCCCCACCAUCAUCACCACCACCACUAUCAUCAUCAUAAUCAUCAGCACGACCAACUUCUUUUGCAUCAUAAUCAUCACCAGCUGCUGCAGCAAGUCAAGCUGGCGACACUACCGACGACGACAAACCAGUUGAAGCGCUACAUGGAAAGUCAAAAAGAUCAAACUGGCAAGGAAGACGACGACUACGAUCUUAUAAACAACAGCCUGAAAACUCUGAACAACAACGUCACACAGUCGUCACUCACGCUGAACAACAUGACGCCAUGGGAGCUACCACCGAAUUACGUAGACAUGAUAUUUAGCAAGGAGCUGGAUAAAAGUCCAAAGAAAGUCGUCACAGUUGCCGUUGCCGCUGAUCAGACAAAAGUGGAAUUCCCAGACAGUGCUAUAAAUAAAGUCGGGCAUGGUUUCAGUAUGCCGCCGACCCCAACCGUAGCUACAAAACCAACUAAAUAA